GGGGGAAUAGGUGAAUCAAGUCAUUUGGUCGUCUCGCUGCCACCAAAAAAUCCAACCCACGAAAAGCGCAUCGUGCAGAGCAGGCUUACCCUCGUCGCCUUCUUCCCUUUAAACGACGCUCUCUUCUCUCUCUCUCUCUACUGUUCUAGAAUCCAAGAUCCCUGAGAAUCCGCAAUUGUCUCAUGGCGCUAAUCAGCCCUACCUCAAAAACCUAGUCCCUAGAACCCCUCUUUCCUCCUUUCCUUUUCGGUUUUAUUAAAUAUAUGGAGUGGAAUGGAUGGAGUGAGUAGCGGUAGCAACAUCCAAAACGAUGCAUCGACGAGCGGCGGUGGAACCCAAACGCCAACGCAACCUCAACCAACGCCGCAGCCGGUGGCGGUGGCGGUGCAGAGUGCGAACGCGCCCCCGCCUUUCUUGAGCAAGACUUACGAUAUGGUAGAUGAUACCGCCACCGACGCCAUCGUUUCUUGGAGCCCAACCAACAAUAGCUUCGUUGUUUGGAACCCGCCGGAGUUCGCUCGGGAUCUUCUGCCCAAGUAUUUUAAGCACAACAACUUCUCGAGCUUUGUCAGGCAACUAAACACCUAUGGUUUCAGAAAGGUUGAUCCAGACCGUUGGGAAUUUGCAAAUGAGGAGUUUUUAAGAGGACAGAAACACCUGCUUCGGAACAUAAGCCGGCGAAAGCCUGCCCAUGGCCAUGGUAAUCAGCAGACAUCGCAAGGACAGAGUUCAUCUGUGAGUGCCUGUGUUGAGGUUGGGAAAUUUGGGCUCGAGGAAGAGUUAGAGAGGCUUAAGAGAGACAAGAAUGUGCUUAUGCAAGAACUUGUUAGGUUAAGGCAGCAGCAACAGGCUACUGAUAACCAGAUGCAGAAUAUGGUGCAACGUCUUCAGGGGAUGGAACAGAGGCAGCAGCAGAUGAUGUCAUUUUUGGCGAAGGUUAUGCAGAGCCCUGGUUUUUUUGCUCAAUUUGUGCAGCAGCAAAAUGAGAGCAAUAGGCGCAUAACUGAAGCCAACAAGAAAAGGAGGCUAAAGCAGGAUGGUAACACUUCCUCGGCCUCCGAUGGGCAGAUUGUUAAAUAUCAACCUUUGAUGAAUGAGGCGAAAGCAAUGCUCAUGCGGAUCAUGAAAGGGGAUGCUUCUCCCAUACUGGACUCCUUUAACAACAAUAAUGAACAUAUCAUGUUAGGCGACUGUUCAUCAUCGUCUAGUGGAUUGGACGGCAAUGGGAACAGUUCAACCCAUGUAUCAGGGGUGACUCUUCAAGAGGUGCCACCAACAUCAGGUCAGUCAACAUUUGUACCAACAACUUCGGGUAUUUCAGGGCAUCGUCCCUCAGCUGCCAUAUCUGAAAUACAAUCCUCCCCAUGUACGACAUCCUAUGAAAAGAUCACAACAGCGCCAUUUAUAGAUGUGAGUGCGCUGGUUGGAGCAGAAAAGCCUCCAUCUAUGUCUGCUACUCAGACGGAUAUAAUUAUGCCCGAGCUUGGUCAAAUACCGGAAAUGGUCCCAGAAAGCAUUGUUGAUAUUCCUACUGAAACUGGGAAUGAUGGAUUGGUUGAUCCCACUGCAUUGGCUGGAAAUGGUCUGGUACCAUUGGAACUUGACGACAUUGUUUCUGAUCCAGACAUAGAUGCCUUGCUAGAUGGCUCUACAUUUUGGGAUGACCUUUUGCAAAGUCUGGCACCAGAGGAUAUUGAAUCAACCUCGAUGGACGGUAAAAACAAGGAAGAUGAAGAGCAGCCAAUGGACGAUGGAUGGGACAAAACUCAGAAUAUGGAUCAGCUUACAGAACAGAUGGGUCUUCUUAGAUCAGAUAACAAGAGGGUCUAAUCUUUUGAUGUAGUUCAUUGAUUGGAGUUAAACCUGAAAGUUAUAUUUUUUUUCCGACAUGAUCCUUUAAUUUUGGGCAUUGGAAAACGAUGAAUCCUUUAAUUAUCUGUGUUGUUCUCACACGUAUAGACAUUGUUUUCUGCUUUUGUU